UAUAAAGAUUUAAUUCAAAAUUCAUUUUUGUUGAGGGUCAUUUAUAUAAAUAAAAAAAAUGAGUAGACAAAGGGUAAACUCUAAGUAUAUUUUUUUUUUUAAUAAAAAUAGAUCCCCAACUGUAAAUAAGCAGAUUAAGAAACAUAGUAAGGAUUCAGAUUCAAGUUCUUCUGAAAGGAGAUAUGGGAAAUUUUGGAAAGCUAAUGAGGAUGCCCUUUUGAUUGAAUUGCACACUAAAUAUAAUGGGAAUUGGCGUUCAAUUGCAGAAGAGAUACCUGGGAGGAAUUUAAGUCAAUGUUAACAAAGAUGGAAGCGUAUAAAUCCAAAUAAGGUAGAAUUUGAAAGGUUAUACAUAUAUAGACUAAAUUACGAAAGUAGUGGAGUGAUGAAGAGGACAAACGGGUGAUUCUUUUUGUUGAACAAUAUGGUCGAAAUUGGAAAGUUAUAGAAGGAUUCAUGGAAGGCAGAUCAAGUAAAUAGAUUAGAGAGAGGUUUUUAAAUAAUUUGGAUCCAGAGAUCAAUCAUUAAAAAUUUACACCUUAUGAAGAUAAAAUAAUUUUAGAAUAGUAUCGAAUAUAUGGACCAAAAUGGAGUGAGAUUGCAAAGAUGUUAGAUAGAAGACCAGUAAUAUUGUAUUUAAAACAUAAGGAAAACCAAGUGAAAAAUAGAUUUUAUUCGUUUAUAAAGAGAGUACAUAUGUUAGAAGAGAGAUCGGACGAUGAUGAUGAUGAUGAUAGAGAAUCUUCAUUUUCUGAAUAGGCUCCACUUCCUUAACCAAUUCCAAUUUAUUAACCUUUAGAGACAAUAUAGUCUUUAAAGGAGGAAUAUGAUAAUACUAAGAAUGAUUCAAUGAGAAAUGAUUCAUUUAUGAAUAUUCAAAAUAGAACACCAUCACAUAGAAUUCAACCGUCAAUUAAUUUAAUUUAGGGUUUAGAUUCUUUUGAUUCAAAAUAAUUUGAAGGAAUUCAUUCACAAGACAUUUCUCCUUUUCAUUAGAGAAGAAUAUUAAUGGAUUAUAGUCCAAUAAAUUUCGAAUAUGCACAUCAUCAUCCUAAUUUUGAUAAUGUUUAAGAGGACGUGAAAGAAUUGAGGAGUUAAAUAGAAUGUAUAAGUUUAGAAAAGAUCAAUUGA